AUGAAGUGUACUGCGCAAGAGUGGCUCAGAGUAACCACAGUGCUAUUUAUGGCUAGAGCAAUUCCAGCCAUGGUGGUUCCUAAUGCCACUUUAUUGGAGAAACUUUUGGAAAAGUACGUGGAUGAGGAUGGUGAGUGGUGGACGGCCAAACAAAGAGGGAAAAGGGCCAUCACAGACAAUGACAUGCAGAGUAUCUUGGACCUUCAUAAUAAGUUACGAAGUCAGGUGUACCCAACUGCUUCUAAUAUGGAAUAUAUGACUUGGGAUGUAGAGCUGGAAAGAUCUGCUGAAUCGUGGGCUGAAACUUGCUUGUGGGAACAUGGACCUGCAAACUUGCUUCCAUCAAUUGGACAGAAUUUGGGAGCACAUUGGGGAAGAUAUAGGCCCCCGACGUUUCAUGUACAAGCAUGGUAUGAUGAAGUAAGAGACUUCAGCUACCCAUAUGAACAUGAAUGCAACCCGUAUUGUCCAUUCAGGUGUUCUGGUCCUGUAUGUACUCACUAUACACAGGUGGUAUGGGCCACAAGUAGCAGAAUAGGCUGUGCCAUUAAUUUAUGCCAUAACAUGAACAUCUGGGGACAGAUAUGGCCCAAAGCUCUCUACUUGGUAUGCAAUUAUUCCCCAAAGGGAAACUGGUGGGGCCAUGCCCCUUACAAACAUGGACGGCCCUGUUCUGCUUGCCCACCUAGUUUUGGAGGGGGCUGUAGAGAAAAUCUGUGCUACAAAGAAGGGUCAGACAGGUAUUAUCCUGCUCGAGAAGAAGAAACAAAUGAAAUUGAACGGGAGCAGUCACAAGUCCAUGAUACCCACGUUUGGACAAGAUCAGAUGAUAGUAAUAGAAACGAAGUCAUAAGUACACAGCAAAUGUCCCAGAUUGUUUCUUGUGAAGUAAGACUAAGAGAUCAGUGCAAAGGAACAACCUGCAAUAGGUAUGAAUGCCCUGCUGGCUGUUUGGAUAGUAAAGCUAAAGUUAUUGGCAGUGUACAUUAUGAAAUGCAAUCCAGCAUCUGUAGAGCUGCAAUUCAUUAUGGUAUAAUAGACAAUGAUGGUGGUUGGGUAGAUAUCACUAGACAAGGAAGAAAACAUUAUUUCAUCAAAUCCAAUAGAAAUGGUGUUCAAACCAUUGGCAAAUAUCAGUCGGCUAAUUCCUUUACAGUCUCUAAAGUAACAGUUCAGGCUGUGACUUGUGAAACAACUGUGGAACAACUCUGUCCAUUUCAUAAGCCUGCUUCACAUUGCCCAAGAGUAUACUGUCCUCGUAACUGUAUGCAAGCGAAUCCACAUUAUGCUCGUGUAAUUGGAACUCGAAUUUAUUCUGAUCUGUCCAGUAUCUGCAGAGCUGCAGUACAUGCUGGGGUGGUUCGAAAUCAUGGUGGUUAUGUUGACGUUAUGCCUGUGGACAAAAGAAAGAUGUACAUUGCUUCUUUUCAGAAUGGAAUCUUCUCGGAAAGUUUACAAAAUCCUCCAGGAGGAAAGGCAUUCCGAGUAUUUGCUGUUGUGUGA